UGUUAUGCAAUAAUAUGUCAACCCACAAAAAAUCGCAUAUUGAGAUAGUGCCAUCUAGUUAUUGUUCUCGGUACUCUCUACGUCUGAAAAAAUGGACAACAUCGUAUGUAUUCCAUAAAACGCCAUCUAGUUAGAAAAUUAUUUCUGCAGUUCACAAAACUAUUACUAUACAGUUUUGCAAUAAGCGAUCACAAACCUGUCAUAACGUGCGCGGUUUUUCUGUAGCUUGAAAAAUACAAAGUUCUUUGAGUUUCAAUAAGAAAAUAGGUUUAAUUCAAAGUAAGUGUUAUGUACAUAACGUUUUAAUAAUGAUGAUACAUAAAGUGUUGGUUUAAAGUUAUAUUUAAAAGGUUUUUUCUACUUGUGGCAACGGAUACGAAGGUACCCAUUUACCAUGAACUCUAGAGCACAGAAGUUAGUUGCAAUGGCUUGUGAGAAGCAUUCAUCUAAUGAAAAAUCGGACUCUGAAGAAGAACCUCUCAGAGAUAUUUUAGAAACUCACGAAAGUGAAGUAACCAUGCUACAUCGGUUAAAAAAUGAUCCUCUUCUUAAGCUUCAAAAUACUGCAUUUAUAUGUGACCCGAACCCUAAAGAUACCAUAACUGAAACAACAGAAGAUUUAAUACAUAGCCCUAGUUUGAUACAAUUAGAUGAUUUAGAUGUUGUUCAAAAAAGCCUACAUUCCACAUUUUUUAAUUACGAUCUCGAAGGGAACGAAAUCAUAGAAGAAAUAGAAGUCGUGUCUUGUAACAAUAUACAUGGUAACCAAAAUAAUGAAAAUGACAUGUUAAAUACAAUUCUUCAUGAAACUGAAACUCAAGAUAUUUUUAAUAAUGACUACAAUACUCUAAUAACUAAUGGCAAUAAUAAUAGUAGUACGGACAUGAUCACACAGUCAACUUCUACUGAAGAGAAUUUAGAAAAUCAAUCCAACGUUAUAAAUAAUACGGAAGAACAAAUAUCAAAUACUGAAACUUCUGUGGCAAAAACACAAUUAGAAGAAAAUGUAAUAGGUAGACCUAAGCGCGGUAGGAAACGAAAAAUCGCAGACCAGUCAAGAAAAGAACGGAAACGAAGAGCUAAUGUAAAUGUAAAAUAUAUUAAUGCAAAAGGAAAAGAAGUAUUACCUAAAACUUUUGAUCAGACUUUCUCUUGCGGAUGUAAAAAGAAAUGCACCGAAAUAAUUUCAGUGGAUGACCGAAAAAGGAUAUUUGAUCAGUUUUGGUCUAUUGGGUCAUAUGAGGGCCGAUGUGCUUAUAUUUGUGCAAACGUUAAAGAAACUAAUAAAUCUAGAUGUUAUUCUACUGAAGAUUCCAAGAGAAUGGUUUCUCGAAAAUAUUUCUUUGAUGACAAUGAAAUUUGUAAGAAAGCGUUCUUACAAACCUUACGCAUUUGCCAAAGUAGAAUAGAUGUUGCAAUGAAGAAGAAAAAUAGUGCAUCCGAUUUAAAAGAUAACAGAGGAAUAGCUAGUGGUGGAAAUAAUAGAACGAGUGAGGAAAAUAUCAAGAAAAUAGUUGACCAUAUUAACUCCUUUCCAAAGUAUAUCAGUCACUACUGCAGAGGCAAGACUAAUAGUCGUUAUUUGAACACAGAUCUUAAUCUUUUCAAAAUGUAUGACUUAUUUAAAUUAAAGCAUUCAACUGAAGAAAAUUUACCGACUCUUGCAACUUAUAAGAAGAUAUUCUAUGAAAAAUUCAAUCUGAAAUUUAAAGCUCCAAAAAGCGACACAUGCAAGACUUGUGAUGCUUUUGCAGCCAAGCUGAAAUUAUUAACAAGUGUAGAUGCUGAAGAAUUAAAAGAGAAACGCGAUGUGCAUUUAAGUAAAGCUUCAGUGCUCAGAGAUAAAAUGAAUGAGGAUCUAAAAAUUGCUUUGGAAAUUGAGUCUGUAGAAACACUUACUUUUGACAUGCAAAAAACACAUCCACUUCCAAAGAUACCAUCUAAUAUUGCUUAUUACAAGCGACAAUUGAAUUUGUACAAUUUGGGAAUUUAUAUCGGUAGUAAUAAAAAAUCUAUUUUUAAUCUAUGGCUUGAACAUGAAGGUGGUAAAGGCACACAAGAAGUAGGAUCCUGUUUGCGAAAGUACAUUUUAAAUAAUAUACAACAUCCAAUAACGGAACUGAUUUUAUGGUCAGACUCGUGUGGGGGACAAAACCGCAGCAUUAAAUUAGUCCUCAUGUUGAUUCAUACUAUGCAACAUCACUCAUCGCUUAAGUCGAUUACAAUGCGAUUCCUUCUAUCGGGCCAUUGUUUCUUGCCUAAUGAUGCGAACUUUGGUGUUAUAGAAACUCGACUGAAAACGCAACAAAGACUUUACACAUUAGAAGAUUAUGCUGAAAGCAUUACGAUGAGUAAAAAGCAAAAGAAGUUUGAGGUUACGCGAAUGCUAUCGCCCGACAUGCUGUCUGUUGAACUAUUAGAAAAAGCUAUUACUAAUAGAAAAGUUGAUAGCGCCAAAAAUAAAGUGAAUUGGCUAAAUGUUCACGAAAUUGUAAUGGAAAAGGAUUCUCCCCAUAUUUUGAAAAUAAAGAAUGAUCUGGACGAAGAACCCCAAGUUGUCAACAUUGAAAAGGCAGGAAAAGGUCGUAAACCCGUACUGAAGAAUAUUGAUUUACCGGGACGUUGGCCAAAUGGAAAGAGUUUAAGUAAAGAAAAAAUAAAAGACUUACGAGAGUUAUUAAAGCUUGUACCUGCAGACGCCAGAUCUUUCUAUGACUUUUUAAAGGGUGCUCAGGGUGUAACUAUGGAAGAAGAUGUAGAUGGUUAUCAUGCUGAAGACUUUGAUAAUGUUUCUGAAAAUGAUGAAAACUGAUUUGUUAUUUUGGGCUAUAUUUGAUUUUUUAAGAGUUUCUGAGUUUAUGACUUUCGAAUUCAUACUAAUAGUAUUAAAAUUGUCAUUUGACUGUAUUAUUCAAGAGCAAAUAUUGAGGAAACAAUUGUUGCUAUAUUUUUUUAAAAUCGCAAUAACCCUUCAAAUGUGUUUAGAAGAUUGUUGCAUUAUUUUAAUAAUGUCGGUUUAGGCGAUUUAGGCUUAAACGUUUAUUGCAAUAAGUCCAAUUUCUUGAUUUCAUUUUGCAAUAAACAAAUUAUGAAAAGAAAGCUGUUUUUUUUAUCACACUCAAAAUAUCAACUAUUUACACUAUGUUACAAUCACUCCCUACAAUACCACCGAACUAGCAAAAGUCACUUCACUACCCAAACAAGGUAAGGUUAUUUUUUAAAUCUGCAAAAUUCUUUGACCUUUCAUUUCUCAGGAUUUGGUUUUCUGGGGUUGACAUGUUAUUGCAUAACAUAGC